AUGGUUAUUGAACAAUCAGAUGAUGAAAAACAGGGAAAAUCAUUAAAAGAAUUCGAUAAAACCUAUCGACGCACUACAGCGACAUUCUGGUACACAGAAGAAUCGCCUGUUUAUAAAAAUCUCAAUGAAGUACUACAUAUACAGAAUAUUGAUGGUGUCAAACCCUUCGCAUCAUUUAUCAAAUAUUUAAAUGCUCAACUUGGUGAAGAACAUUCGUCAUUUGUAAAGAAACAACGGAAAAAAGUGCUAUAUUUCAAGUUUACUGUGGUCAGUUCAUCAGUAAAGACGAAACUGCACGUUAGAAAUCCAAUCCGAGAAACUAGAUCUCAAUCAAUUCGUUUUUUUCAACGUGUGCAAAUCGAGGAAAAGCAUUUGAACUCAUCAUAA